GCCGUAAAUCCGCUCUCGCCGACACCUUUUCCUCGCUUUGGUCUUCUCCUCCCACGGGCGAUUGCGGCGCGACCGUGAGCGCCGGCAGUCCUCGUCGCCUUGGUCCCGCCAGAUCCGGCCCGACAUGGCGAGGAACCCGAACCGCGCCGUCUACGUAGGCAACUUGGAUGAGAAGGUAUCUGAAAGGGUCCUGUAUGAGAUUCUUAUUCAGGCAGGUCAUGUAGUCGACUUACACGUACCCCAUGACAAGGAAACUGGCCGUCCAAAAGGUUUUGCUUUUGUUGAGUACGAGACAGAGGAAAUCGCCCAUUAUGCUGUUGAUCUUUUUUCAGGACUUGUUCGGCUUAAUGGUAAAACACUUAAAUUUGCGAUGUCUGGACAAGACAAACCCUCAUCAAAUGGCACUAACCCAGUAAUGCCUAAACUCAUUCCUAUAGCAUUACCAAAACAGCCUCAAUUUGUGCAUUGUAGUGAUAUGCCUGUGUUGCAUAAACCAGCAUAUCCGGUGGUAAAUGGCAGGAUUCCAGAUUAUGGAUUUUCUCACAAUUACUAUCCUUAUGAUGCUUACCCUCAAGCAUUGCCAGCUAGACCGGUGCAUGACCACAGACAGUUGACCCACGGUAUGUAUGAUUACAGUAGGAGCGUAUUUGGUUCUGUUCUGAAUGCUAGCUAUGGAGGUUAUGUUCAGAAUGCUGUUGGCCAUGGUGCUAUGUGGCAACCAAUCUUGUAUCCGUCCUACUAGGUACCAUAGAAUGGAGUGGGAAAUCUUUGAUUGUACUUCAUAUCCAUGCAUGUAAAUAUGCUAUUUAUAAAUGGUAAAACAGUAACAGAAAGGCUCUCCAUCACUAUCUGGAAGAUAGCCUGUGUCCUUGUCAUGUAACCAUUGCCCUUACCCAGAAGAUGUCGAUGUCUCAACUGGCUAAGGCCUAGAUAUAAAACGGAAACCCAAGUCAAGCCAA